AUGUUCCUCUGUGAGGCUACAGACGGGCAGUUCCAGGGCCCCGUGCCCGUACAAGCUGAUAUUGCUGAGGAAACGGGGAAGACCAAGCCUCUUGAUGAUGUAAGAGCUGACUGCUCUGUCCAGCUCCUCAACUUUGGUCAUGAGGAUCUACGGCCACAUCGGGCGGGGCAGCGGUCCAAAGCGCAGGCCCCACAGUUUCAGCUUGUCAGGAGGCAGGGUCUUAUCUACACAGACCUGUCGGAGCUGAGGAGAUCCGCGUUUAAGCGCAGCCGCGAGGGACGAGCGGACCAGGAGGCGGCGGAGGAGGAGAGCUCAGCGGCUGCCGUCGCGGCGGUGGUGCGCGGCGGUGGCGGAGAGGCGCGCGUCGGGCUAGGUCAGCAGCGGCGGAGGCGGAGGCGGCGGGAGGAGGCUCAAGGACGCGGAGGGGUUGGCGAAGCGGCGGAGAUGAUUUCCGCGGUCGGCAGAGACGCGGCAGACUGCGGUGGCGGCAACAAUAACAACAACGGCGUCUGCGAAGCGUCCUCCGCUCAUGCGGCAUGCGGCAAAGGAAAGGAGGAGAGGAAGGGCAAGAACGUGAUCCGGAGCUGGAAGAGGGACCGGGACCGGGACCGGGACAGAGACGCUCCUGCCGCCGCUCCGGUCCGGACGAGGAAGGAGAAACCCGGUGAUGGCGCGUCUCCUCCUCCUCCUCCCUCCUCAGUCUUCCUGCCCGAGCAUCAUCAUCUGUGCCGCGACCACUGCCGCUGCGCCGCGCCGGACGCACGGAUCAUGGGAGAAAACGGCAACACGAACGUGAACAACAACAAUAACAACAAUAGCGGGAGUAACGCGGCCGCGAAAACCGCACUGGACUGUGGAGCGAAAAGCGGAGGCGGCGGAGGCGCUAUUGUUGUCAGGCGGCAGCAUGACGACACGCCGGCCGCCAAGAAGCACCGAGGAACCGACAAGGUCGACCCCAUGUUCACGGUCCCGGCCCCCCCGGCCCCCGGUCACCCUGGGGCUCCUGGGGCCUCGUUGCCCUCGGGCCCCGCCUUCUCCUCCCCGGCCCCACCCACGUCCGGCCCCAAGCAGCUGGCGGUGAGGACCAGGUCGGUGGGCACCAACACCCAGGACGGGGGCCCCCCAGGACCCCUGGAGGGGGACCCGGCCUGCCUGGGGCCCUGCCAACCUGGGACCAGCGUCAACCUGGAGGGCAUCGUCUGGCACGAGACCGAGGAAGGUGUGCUGGUGGUGAACGUGACGUGGAGGAAGAGGACGUACGUGGGGACGCUGUUGGACUGUACCAAACACGACUGGGCUCCUCCCAGGUUCUGCGAGUCUCCGUCCAGUGACCCUGAGAUGCCAGGUGGGCGUGGCCGAGGCAAAAGGAUGCGAUUGGCUAUGGCGGAGCGUCCCUGCGUCGAUCCAACUCCGACCGGCAAAGUCCGAGGCCUGACACAGCACAGGAGCCGCGGAGGGGGCGUGGCCGGGACGACCGCGCCAAUCCACAGCAAAGGCCGGCGAGGCAGCCUGAACCUCAUCAACAACUGCAGGGCGCCACCGUCCUUCUUCACCGUCGACGAGGUGAAAACCACCAACAGCUCCUCCGCGCUGUCGUCCGGGAAGCGAAAGAACAAACCACCGGCCGACCUGGACCUCAGCCUGGUCUCCGCCGACGACAUCAAGAACGGCAACGGGAAGAGGAUCCGGGCCAAGUCUCGCAGCGCUCCGUCGACACCGCAGGGUAAAUCCGACCCUUCGUUUAUGGACCCAGGCGGAGGCUGCGCCUCGUCACCUCCUCCUCCGCCCAUCCUCAUCGACUGCCCCCACCCCAACUGCACUAAACGCUACAAGCACAUCAACGGCCUGCGCUACCACCAGACCCACGCCCACCUGGAGGCGGAGGAGCAGAGGAAGCCGGAGCUGGAGCCCAUGAAGGACGGCGACAGCGAGGAGAGACUGUCCGACUGUGAAGACGCCAUCGGCAACAUGACCUACGACCUCUCAGAAACCAACAGCAGCACCAACACCUCAUCGAAGAAACCCGCUCCUUUGUAUAAAGUGACCACGGUGGGGUCGCCGAAGAACCGACGGCUGCUCCUCAGCACCGACCACAGCCCCACGGCCAACUCCAAAACCAGAAGAACCUCACUCCUCAAAGACGGACUCAUCGACGACCUGAGCAACCUGCCCAUCAUCUCCAACAUGACCGUGGUCCUGGAGAACUGCAUGGUUCCCGACAGGAACUCCACGGUGGAGAUGCCCAAGCUGGAGGCGGAAGGUUUGAUUGACAAGAAAGGAGGAGCUUGUGACAAAGGGAAGAAGGCCAACGGGAAGGUGGAGAAGCUGUCCAAGUCGCGGACGAACCGACCGAUCGCUCCGGCUCCGGCUCCUCCGAAGCUGAUCGCCAUCCCCAACACCACGUACCCAGAUACCUCCGCCUCGCAGCAGCCGUCGCCCAUGGCCGCCGUCGGCCUCACCAGUAAGACCGCCCCCCUGAAGCCCAUCAAACCAAAGCUGAGUAUUGUGGUGGAGCCGAGCCUGGUCAAGGCCACCCUGGUCACCUGCAGCAAAGAGACCAGGAAGAAGGAGAAACGGAGGCUGAAGGACAAACACAACAAAGACGCUCCGACCCGGACACCCAACGGCGACAGCAGUGGAGUGAAGAUGGAGGACAGCGGCAGUAAAAUCAAAGAGAUUUCAGGAAGCCUCCUGAAGGAGCACCUCAGUAAGCAGGAGGUGAUGAACGGACUCACCGAGAGCCAGGAGAGCAGGAUGGCCAGUAUCCGAGCCGAGGCCGAUAAGGUUUACACCUUCACUGACAACGCGCCGAGUCCUUCCAUCGGCGGGUCGUCACGACUCGACGCGGCUGGAUGUUGCCUGGCAACAACUGACAACAGCAGCAAAAACAACAGCCCCGCCUACUCCGACAUCUCAGAUGCCGGAGAUGAUGGGGGAUCUUCCGAAUGUCGCUCCGACGGACUCCGAUCGAAGUCUGGCUCCUCUGCAUCCUCUGAGGUGAGCUCUAGCAGUAACCAUGGUAACCCUGGUAAAACCCCACCCUCAGCUACAUCUAAAGACCCCCAGUCUCCGUACUACCACAGCUACGAGCCGUACUACCUGCAGGGAUACAUGCAGUCGGACCGGCAGAACAGCGGCGGCGGUGGCGCCACUUUCCACAAAAGCUCCGCCCACGACGGGAAAGGAAAAGACAGGAAGGAGGAGGUGAAGGAGGAUGACAAAAACUCCUCCCAUGAGUUCUCAGAGUUGAAGAAGGGUGAGGGUCCUCCUCCAUCUCAGCUCCAACUGGCUAUGAGCCAGACCCAAACGGCCCUGGCCCAGUCGCUGUACUACGGUCAGUACUCCAGAGGACUGUACAUGGACCAGAAACUGUUGUUGGCGUCCAAAUGCUGUGACCAGCCGUCCGGCGCCAAGCAGAGGGGCGAGAGGGGACGAGACGGCGAGGACAUUAAACAUAUAGUCGGGGGUUCGGCCGGCGGACCCAUGUUGGGUAAAGUUUCAGACGGGGGUAAAGGGUGCUGUCCCAAACCGGUCCUGUCCUACGUGGAGAUGAGUGAGAGGGGAGAAAGGGGGCAGGGCCUGGGCGUCAAAGUGGUGCACGGGGGCGUGGUCGACCAAGUGUCAAUGAAAGACUGCGACGACAUCAAGUCGCCCUCCUCUUCCUCUUCUUCGUCACUCCACAACCCAAACAGUCAGACAGAUCUGGACUCAAAUGUUUCCUUUUCCAGUCCCUCAGACGGCCCGGCCUGGGCUCACCGCCUCCCUCACAGCAAAUAUUCAGAGCUCCAACACGGGGAGGAGGCCGAGGAGGGGGAGGCGGACAGGGGCAAAGAGUGGGCGGCGGCUACAGCUGAGCCGGCGGGGGCCAAGAUGAGUGCCGGCGCCGCGGAGCGAGGAGGCGGAGGAGGAGGAGACGCUAAAAAAGCCAGGAUCGUCGGCUCGCACGAACUCCUGCCCACCAUCGACGUGGAGGACCCGGACCCGGACCUGGAGGGGCUGGAGGAGCAGAGCCAGGAGCCCAUGGGGGGGCUGUCCGAGGAGUCCCAGAGCGCCCGGGUCGCCGUGUCCCCCCCCAUGACCCCCCAGCAGCCCUACAUCCAGUACCAGCACUCCUCGUACCCGCCGUACCUGGCCAUGUGCGAGGGCGGAGGGGGCUCGUACAGGGGCAUGUCCCCGACCCUGGUCCACAGUUACCCAGGCUUCCAUUACCCGCUGUACGGGAAGACGGCGGGCAGGGAGGAGUCGGAGGUGACCCCGCCCACCAGAGGAGGAGCAGCGGGCAGUAAGCAGAGCGCCGACCCGUCGUCGUCAGCCGUGGACCUGCUUCAGCAGCAGAACCAUCAGUACCACGGAAAGUCCCCAGCUCCUGGAGAGAAGGGUUCCCCCGAAGGCGAGAGGGAGGCGGAGCGAGAACCCAGGAACCACAUGUCAUUCGCCCGACACCUGCACACGCACCAUCACACACACCUGGGCAUGAGCUACAACCUGAUGGCAGGACAGUACGACCUGUACCCGG